AUGCCCAGCAGGCCUGGUGCAGGCAGGCGGGCGGACCACAAGGUCUGCCCAGGGGGCCUGGUGAGGCAGGCGGGCGGACCACAAAGGUCUGCCCAGCAGGCAUGGUGCAGGCAAGCGGGCGGACCACAAGGUUGCCCAGCAGGCCAUUCUGGUGCAGGCAGGGGCGGGCGGGCCACAAGGUCUGCCCAGCAGGCCUGGGGUGCAGGCGGGGGAGGGGCGGUCUGCCAAGCAGGCUGCAGCAGGCGGGCGGGCCACAAGGGUCUGGCCCAGCAGGCCUGUGAGGCAGGCGGGGGGCACACAAGGGUCUGCCCAGCAGGCCUGGGUUCAGGCAGGAGGGUGGGCCCACAAGGUGCCCAGGCAGGCUGUUGGCAGGCCUGGUGCAGGGCAAGGCGGGCGGGCCACAAGGUGUUGGCCCAGGCAGGCCUUGUUGGCAGGCAGGGCGGGCGGGGCCACAAGGGUCUUCCCAAGCAAUGGCCUUUGGUGCCAAGGCAGGCCGGCCCGGGCCACACGGUCCUGCCCAGCAAGGCCUGGUGCAGGCCAUUGCCCGGGCUGGCCGGCCACAAGGUCUGCCCCAGCAGGCCUGGUUCGGAGGCAGGCGGGUUGGCCCAAGGUCUGCCCAAGCAGGCCUGGUUGGCAGGUGGCAGGCGGUCGGGCCACGGGCUACAAGGUCUGCCCAGCAGGCCUGGUGCAGGCAGGCGGGCAGGCCACAAGGUCUGCCAAGCAGGCCUGGUGCAGUACAGUGACAAGUACCAAAAUCUUGCCGUAAAUGUUGCUAACACAGCUGUCGGAAGAAGAUACACGUUGGAAUGA